CGAAGACAAAGUCAACAUCAACAAACAAUCACCCACCGCACUUAUCCUCAUCGACCGCAUCAGAGAUGACCUCAGCAAUGUCAUCAGAGAUGGCUUUGUCUCCCGUCUUCACCAUCUUCAUGAGUCUACCAUCAGAGCUGCGAAUCAAGAUCUGGAGAUGUUCUUUCCCUGGACCUCGUGUUGUUCCUGUGCGAUUCCAACGAUCCUCAAAUCAAUACACCUCUAACUCGGCGCCUCCUCCCCUACUCUACGUUUGCUCCGAGUCACGAUCCCUCUUUCUAUCCACCUACACGAAGUUUAUCCUGUCCCCAAAGUACGACUCUGCCGUCUUUAUCAAUUUCAACAUCGAUACAAUCUUCUUCGACAAUCUAGAAUGCAGCCCCGACGGCGAUCUCUCAUUGGACUUAGCGAGGAGCCCCCACAGUGGUCGGAUUCUGUCAUGUGCGAUUGAUUCACAGGUUUGGGAGGUUUUGCGAGUAUUCAAGUACGACUCGUUAAGCGAAGUGAUGAGGAUGCCGAACUUGAAAACCAUUGCUCUGGUCAUGCUGAGAGAUUACGAUGGGGGAGGACUUGACCGAAUACAGGCGGAGAAAUAUGGGAGGGAGAACACCCUUAUUAGGAUGAACUCGAAUACAGUGGAGUCGGAGAUAAUGCACGUCCAAGGGUAUGUGGACAACUUGAGGGCCGAUUUGAAGCAGCGGGUUGGCAACGUACCGAAUGUGCAGCUGUGGCUAUUGUAAUGAGGCUUCGAGUAGAUGAUAGCGCCUUGUCGAGAGUGGCAGUCGUGUCUCUCAUUUCAUUCUUCAAUAUGAGUAAUCGAGCGAUGCGUUGCAUAUUGUUUUUUUUCAAAUCGGUUCGGUGACAGACCGUCUUGCCCGCGUCAAGGUACGCUUUCCACCACUGCAACAUCGUUGAUUUACCGCGGCUGGUGAGGUCAAGAUUCUUCUGCAGAUGGAUCAUGUUCGGCUGGACUGGCAGUCCAAUCCAGUGGAUACCCCGGACGUGCAACCACCUAAUCUAAUCGUGUUUUCCCAAAAUAUUACCUUUUUUUUACAAUUUG